AUGGCACCUUUGAGCACUCAAGAUACAACGGAAUCGAGCGAAGCGGCUCAUUCAGCAAUAUCAACAAACCAUGCUUCAGUGGAAUCCACUAGUGACACUAGCUCCCAAAAUGCAAAAAUUCAGGAACAAGUUAAGGUGGUCAUCAACGAUUUGGCCAAGAAAAUGCAUGUGCCACCAUCAGCAGUUAUCGCGAUGAUAGUCGGAUUCGCCCUCUUUCUUCUCCUUAUUCUCUACUGCAUCUGCAAACGCGGUAUCUUUAAACGGCAUCGAAAAGAUAAGACCGGAAAGAAGAAGGUGGAUAUAAAAUCAGUCCAACUUCUUGGCAAACAGCUCGGCAAAGAUCAGGUUGUCUGCUGUCACUCAUACUCUCUUGUUAAUAUUUAA